AUGUUUAUGAGAACCAGUGAAGCAUACAACAACAUAACCCAUUACUUACGGCACAAACCCAAAAAGAGAGAUAUGAUGAUUCGAAACCAUUGUUACUGUUUUUCUGGUGUUAUUACCAUCUUUUUCUCCAUCCUAUUCCGUACUCUUGCUUCUCCUACGCUCCACUUUUGCCGCCACGACCAGAGGGAUGCUCUUUUGGAAUUCAGAGACGAGUUUCCUAAAGAUAAGACCUUUCCAAGUUCGUGGAAUAGAAGCAGCGAUUGCUGUUUUUGGGAGGGAGUCAAGUGCAAUGACAAAUCUGGCCAGGUGUUAUCACUCAACAUUCAUGAUACCUUUCUCAACGGCUCUCUGAAAACCAACAGUAGCCUUUUCAGACUCCAAUAUCUUCGUCACCUAAACCUUUAUAAUUGCAAUCUCCAAGGAAGGAUUCCUUCUUCACUAGGAACCCUUUCUCGUCUCACACUAGUCGACCUUUCUUCUAAUAAUCUGGUGGGUGAGAUUCCAACUUCAAUAAGCAAUCUAAACCGGCUCAGAUACCUUAGCCUAUGGGGUAACGCUCUCAUAGGAGUAAUUCCCUCUUCACUAGGAAACCUUUCUCAUCUCGAAAGACUUGAACUCGAUUCCAAUCAUCUGGUAGGUGAAGUUCCGGCUUCCAUCGGAAACCUAUACCAACUAAAAGUCAUGUCCCUUAGCUAUAACAACUUAAGUGGCACCAACCUCCUUCAUCUUGAUCUUUCCAACAACAUGUUGGAAGGCCAAGUACCAGCUUGCGUAUGGAGUAUGUGGACGGUGGCGCUUUCUCACAAUUCUUUCAGCAGUUUUGAAAACUCUUCACAAGAAACACUGAUCAUAGAGUUGGAACUGAAUUCAAACUUUUCCUUAACACUGUUGCUUCUCCCACACGCUCUGCGUCCUCUACAAGCAGCUGUAAUGUAUCUCCGGAAGCAGUACAAUGACGAGAGACGAUAG